AUCGUGCCGGAAAGUGUCUUUUUGGCACCGCACUCGAAAACUGAUGGUACCAUCAGAUUCUACGUACUUUUUUACAUAACCGGCCCUAGUCAGCGACUUGGAAAUGCUCUCCAUCUCCUAGUAAUUUCAGGUGCGCUUUUUUAUGUUUGAUUUAUUUUAUGUAUUUUGUGACAAAAUCGUGCCGGAAAAUGUCUUUUUGGCACCGCACUCAAAAACUGAUGGUACAAUCAGAUUCUACGUACUUUUUUACAUAACCGGCCCUAGUAAGCGACUUGGAAAUGCUCUCCAUCUCCUAGUAAUUUCAGGUAAACGCUUGAAGGAGCGAUUAAAACGUCAAGUCUGGAAGAGGGUGUACAAAAAAAAGAAAGAACUGCACAACCUCGACAGAUCGUUGACUGACCGUCUUGCCAUUUCAAUCCUCGGCUCGACCUCUUGUUUGAAGAUAAUCUUUCCGCAUUGACCAAACGAAAUUCACUUCGUCAUUAUCACAAAGGCUGUGUUCAGGACUGACCCCCACACCCACAAACGCAAAAUC